GUCUCUCUUACCUCUAUAUCACUGUAUCAACUGAUAAUUUACAGAGUCUCUCUUACCUCUAUAUCACUAUAUCAACUGGUCCUUAACAGAGUCUCUCUUACCUCUAUAUCACUGUAUCAACUAGUCCUUUACAGAGUUUCUCUUACCUCUAUAUCACUAUAUCAACUGGUCCUUUACAGAGUCUCUCUUACCUCUAUAUCACUAUAUCAACUGAUCCUUUACAGAGUCUCUCUUACCUCUAUAUCUAUAUCAACUGUCUCUCUUACCUCUAUAUCACUGUAUCAACUGAUAAUUUACAGAGUCUCUCUUACCUCUAUAUCACUAUAUCAACUGGUCCUUAACAGAGUCUCUCUUACCUCUAUAUCACUGUAUCAACUAGUCCUUUACAGAGUUUCUCUUACCUCUAUAUCACUAUAUCAACUGGUCCUUUACAGAGUCUCUCUUACCUCUAUAUCACUAUAUCAACUGGUCCUUAACAGAGUCUCUCUG